AAUGGGUUCAUUCAAGCUCGACGCAGUCGACAAUCGCAAUCAUGCAGCCUCUCAUUCUUCUCGCGAGCGUAUUGGCCGCCGGGUUCGCCGGAUCGGAUGCUGCAGGAUUGCCGGGGCGUAUCGUCGGCGGGCGAGACGCUCCCGAAGGCAGGUUCCCGUACCAAGUUUCCCUCCAAAAAUCGAGCCACUUUUGCGGAGGCUCGAUCCUGAACGAGCGCUGGAUCCUGACCGCGGCUCACUGUCUCGUCAGGCAAAGUGCGAGCCAGAUCCACGUCGUUGCGGGCACAAAUUCUCUCACCAUCGGUGGCGACUACUAUCAAGCCGAGCUCCUCGUACCCCACAAACUUUACAAUCCGCUGUUGCUUGCCAAUGACGUCGGACUCAUUCGCGUCGACAGAGACAUCGAAUUCAAUGACAAAGUGCAGCCGAUCAAACUACCGACGAGCGACUCCACCAAGGACGGGGAUACGGUCACGCUCAGCGGGUGGGGAAGAAUUCGAGUAAACGGCCCCAUCCCGGACGAUCUUCAAGAGAUCAAUCUCAAAGUGCUUUCCCACUUUUCGUGCAAACGGGUCCACUGGAUCGUGACGAGAAAACACAUUUGCACUCUGACCAAAGUUGGCGAAGGAGCUUGCAACGGCGAUUCCGGAGGUCCGCUGGUCGCUGGAGAUUCUCAAGUCGGUAUUGUGUCCUUCGGAAGACCCUGCGCCAAGGGAUACCCGGACGUUUAUACCCGAGUGUACAAAUUCGUCGACUGGAUCGAACAAACAAUGGAAAAUAAGAGGAAAUCGCGAGUGCUCCACAUCGAUUUGGUCGUUUUCCUUCGAGGAGCAACUGCAAGAGCAAUCAUGAGGGUUUGGGCAUUCGUGGCCGUCGUUUUGACCGCGCUCGUCGCAGUUUCCGCGUUACCAGGUCGCAUUGUGGGCGGCAGUGACGCUCCCGAAGGAAAAUAUCCCUACCAAGUGUCUCUGCGUAGGUACAGUCACUUCUGUGGCGGGUCGAUCAUCAACAGCCGAUGGAUACUGACCGCAGCUCAUUGCAUCGUUGGAUCGAGUAAUCACGGCAUCGUCGUCGUGGUGGGGACGAAUCAACUGUCGCAGGGCGGUGACUCUUACCAGUCGGACUUUGUCCUCGCUCAUCCGGAGUACACGCCCUCGAUCUUCGCCAACGACGUUGGUCUCGUCCGGGUCAGCAAGGACAUCGUAUUCAGUGAAAAAGUUCAACCCGUCAAAUUACCGAGCGUCGACGUCACGAAGGAAAACUAUCCGGCGGUUCUCAGUGGAUGGGGAAGCAUCAGACUUGGAAGCUCGUUGCCCGACAACCUCCAGCACAUUGACCUUAAAAUCAUUUCCCAAAAGGAGUGCAAUCGGUACCAUGACGUGGUGACGAGCACCCACGUCUGCACCCUGACGAAAGUCGGCGAGGGGGCGUGCCACGGCGACUCCGGUGGUCCCUUGACCGCGGAUGACGUCCAGGUUGGGAUCGUAUCCUUCGGGAGACCGUGCGCCAAGGGCUUUCCGGACGUCUUCACAAGAGUCUUCAGCUUCAUGGACUGGGUCCACGAAACCAUGGAGAAAAACCCGUAAACACCCGUCGGAGGGACCAAAAAAUAACGCUCCUCGAGAAAACUGACCUUGGCAUCGGUGUUUUUGGUUCCGAACACUUUUACAACGCUCGCGCGGAAACAUUGCGAAGGAAAAAUGCAGAAAAUACAUCGAAAAUUCGGUUGACCAGAUCAGCAAUCCAAUCAUUUUCGCGAAUCAAACAUUUUUCGGCCCCUGAACACUUUUCCGAUGUCCGAAGACAUGAAAAACCGUUUGGAAUUAAUAAAAAAUGGGUUCUCAGAUGAAAAAUCGAAUUAUUUCAAAACUGUAAAAUAUUUUUUACAGUGCUCAAUUCGUCGAUGAAACUUUUUUACUCAAAAAUCUCUCAAAAAUGUUUCGUUCAAAUUAAUCGACUCGAUAAAAUCUAAUAAAUCGUAAUCGAUGCCAAAUUAUUCGUACUUUUACAUCAGAGCUGUUGCCAAAUUUCGCCGAUUAAUCGUUAAUGAAAAAAAAAAUUAAAUUCUUUCUUAUUUAACCAUUUUUUUACAAUUGACGAAGAAUAUUCAAUAUAGAUUGAUAUCAUUUACUAAAAUAUGAGAAAAUCGCUUGUUGGGGCAUGAAAAAAUGUCCAACUUUCAUAAUUUACAACAAAAUUGUACAAUAGAAUUAUCUUUUUCAAUAAAACCCUCGAGAACUUAAUUUUCGUGUGAAAA